GUUGGUGCCCAUGGUACUGGAGCAAGACUACCUCCUAUUGAUGAACAGGUUGUCAGCAUAAAAUUAGUGACCCCUGCUAAAGGAACAAUAGAGGUUUCUCCCGAGAAAGACCCAGAACUGUUUUAUCUCGCUCGCUGUGGCUUAGGUGGGUUGGGAGUGGUUGCAGAAGUCACCAUUCAGUGUGUUGAUCGGCAUGAGCUUGUGGAGCAUACAUUUGUAUCUAAUAUGAAUGAAAUCAGAAAAAAUCACAAGAAAUGGCUUGGUGAAAAUAAACAUGUGAAAUACUUGUGGAUUCCUUACACUGACACUGUCAUUGUUGUACAGUGUAAUCCUCUUUCAAAGUAUAAAAAGCCAAAAAUGGCACGCAAAUUUGGAGAGGAGGAAGCAGUACAACAUGUCCGUCAUCUAUUUCGUGAGUCACUCAAGAAACAUAGGUAGGUUUAUCAGAUAUGUAGUUGAUUUAUAAAUUAGGUAUUUGCUUCAGCUGUUGAAAUUUAUCAAGUGGAAUGCCCGUUGGCUUUUAAUUCAAGCAACCUUUAUGGUUGCAUCACGGCCAGGCUAACCAAAGAUCUGAUUGGAACCUAUCUGAUAUAGUCAGUGACAUUUGCUUCUCAGAUUUUUUUUGGUUUGUAAGUAUUUUUCAUGUUCCUUGAUCUAAUUUUCCUUUUUAACCUGGAGUAGCUGACUGAAAUUACCUGACAAGGAAUGAUAUUUAUUUUCCUAUUUUUGUUGGCUAGCUGUAUGAUGCUAUGCGGCUGUGUUUAAUUUCCAGUAUUAGAAGUUUUAUCCUUUAGUAUGAACAGAAGGAAAUAUAAGAAAGCUUGGAUACCGAAUAUUUUGAUCAUUUCAAAGCUCUAAAGCCUACUCUGUAAGAACAAAGCCCCAUCUCACUUUUCUAUUUCCUGCACUUGUCCGGUUCCCUUUGGAAAGUCCUUUUUUUCCCGUUUUUAUUUUGUUUUACUAUUGCUGCCAUCUUCC